UCCGUUCAUUGGACAGUUUCGUUUUCGGCUGCUAUAAUUAAGUCGCCCUACCUACCUGUCGAUCUGUUGCAGUUUUGUAAAUUUAUAUGAUUGUCUUUAUGCCACUGUUGUUACUACGAUCUAUAAUACUACUGUUACUGUUAUUUUUGAACAAAAUUGACGACCGCAGUGGAAGUAGUCAAACGGUUUGGAUGCACCGCACACUACAAACCAAACAUAAACAACCUCCCAUAUCAUACACCUCGCGGUCUGACAAAGCUAUGGAAGGCGAAUGAUGGGACGAAAUACAGAUUAUUUCAUCAACUGUCAUUAAAUGUUGCUUCAGUACCAAGAGUUUAGCUCGAAAAAAUCAAUUAAGUGCAUACUACCUUGUUAAAAGGAAAUUGGAUUGUGAUUCCCGGGUUGCGCGAUUUAUAAGUUUGCAGUUUCGAGGUGACGGGAAUGUCGUUCGUGAUUCGUAUAAGGGGUCUUCCGUUUUCUGCUAAUGCAGAGGAUAUUAUCAAUUUUUUCAGCGAUUCCAAAAUCAAAGGCGGAAAGCGUGGAAUUUACUUCCCCCAAGGACCUAAUGGUCGUUCCAACGGAGAGGCUUUCAUUGAGUUAGAGAGCAAGGAAGACAAAGAAAAAGCCAUGGAACGUCACAAGGAACAUAUGGGUCGCCGAUAUAUUGAAGUGUUCGACUCGUGCUCAGAAGAAUUAGAUUAUGCUAUGGGGAACAGGUCCUCUGACACACAUAACCGAAGAGAGCAUGUUGUGCGAUUACGCGGUCUUCCUUAUGAUACUGAGAAAAAGGAAAUUUAUGCAUUUUUCAGCGGUCUGGAAAUAGCUCCCAACGGUAUCGGGUUAUUGGUGGAUCAUAUGGGUCGUUGCACUGGGGAGGCCUAUGUACAAUUCACGUCUUCUGAAAGUCUAGCACGGGCAAAGGAGAAGCAUAUGGAGAAGAUAGGGCACAGAUACAUAGAAAUAUUUGAGAGUACGAUGAUGGAAGCUAAUAUGAUGAUACAGCAGCAAAUGGAAAUAAAUCGAAAUCGUGGUUCGACUGGUGGGCCGAUGUUUGCUCGUGGUUACCGUGACAACUAUCCCAGUCCGAUGGGUCACUGCAAUUUUCUUAGAGGGUACGAUGCACCACCGUUUAGUCCAAAUGGUCGGGGACCCAACAGAGGUCCACUUCCUGGACGAUUUACACCGUAUGGGCGGCCUCCACAUCCUCCUGGGCAUUUUGAGUACAGUUCUCCAGCUAGGAGCUUUCAAGGGCUGUCUACCCUGAAGGGUUCAACUUUUGGGUCAUCUGGCCAUUUCGAAGCUGAUGAUCCACAAAGCUUGACAGGGCAUUCAGUUCGUAUGAGAGGUCUGCCGUAUUCCGCAACCAAAGAGGACAUUGAUCGCUUUCUGGCUCCUCUUCAACCGGUCGACAUCCGGAUGCGCUUCAAUGCCGUAAGUUUUAUUCCCAAUUACAUUGGUUAUAUUUUUGCGUGUAAUUGUCGUACAAUGUUUUCUUUUUAGUCUAACCGUCCUACUGGUGAAGCGAUUGUGGACUUUGCCAGUCAUGAUGAAGCGAAGGAAGCAAUGAAGAAGGAUCGCGAAAAGAUUGGGUCUCGUUAUAUUGAGCUUUUCUUGGCAUCCACCCCUAAAGGGAUCUCUCCAUCAUCUCGAAUGAACAAUGGUGCUGUAACUCAUAACCGUCGAUCACCUCCCGUCUAUAAUAGUCGGGGUUUCCUGGGUCCACCAUACAACAACUAUUCGCACCACCAACUAGAUUACGAUGAUAGGCAUUACGCGGAGGACAUGGUGUAUAAUUCAGCUCCGUAUGGGCCCGAAUAUAAUCAAAGAUACGAUACUUUCCAUAGAAUGGGGCGGGUGUGAGAGAACCAGUAGUGUCUUCAUGUAGGUUUCUUAUUUGCAUACUUAACUAUUCUUCAGGGGACGAAUAAUCAGACAGCACGCACUCUCAAGGGAAACACUGUUGGUCUUCAAAUAAUGCAUUGCUAAUUCCUUCUAAUCACAGAAUAAACGUUUUAAAAUUAA